CCGUCAUGGCGCCUACGCCGCCGAAGUCAGGGCUGUUCGUCGGGAUCAACAAGGGGCACGUCGUCACCAAGCGCGAGCUGCCGCCGCGCCCUUCUGACCGCAAAGGGAAAAUUACCAAGAGGGUCCAUUUUGUUCGGAACUUGAUCAGGGAAGUUGCUGGAUUCGCGCCAUACGAGAGGCGUAUCACUGAGCUUCUGAAGGUUGGAAAGGAUAAGCGUGCACUCAAGGUAGCCAAAAGAAAGCUAGGGACACAUAAGAGAGCCAAGAAGAAGCGUGAGGAAAUGUCCAGUGUUCUUAGGAAGAUGAGGUCUGCUGGGACUGCCGAAAAGAAGAAGUGAAGCGGCCGACCUGCUUAGAUGUUGAGGUUGUUGAUAAUUAGAUUGUUAUUGAACCACAGUAGGCAUCCGUCUCAGAGGACAUGUUUACAGUGGUGUAAGCAGUGUUUCCCUCUCGUCAUGGUUUAUGUACUCCCUGAAUUCAAUCAUAAAAGCCGCACAUGCUUGCAAGGUUUUUUUUU